AUGUUGUGGAAAACGCUCCUACUAGCCCUCGUGGCAACCGCCGCUGCCUUUCCCCAGCUCAAGGUGCCGAAAGUGGUACCGAGAGUCCACAAGGAUGUUGCUCGAGCCGACGAAGCCACAGAUAGACUCGUCUUCUGCCACUUCAUGAUCGGCAUCUCAAGCAACCGCAAAAGCGCCGCCGACUACGACACCGACAUGAAGCAAGCCAAAGACCUCGGCAUCGACGCCUUCGCCCUGAACAUCGGGGUGGACCCGUACACCGACACCCAGCUGGCCUACGCCUACGAGUCCGCUGCCAGCAACGACAUGAAAGUCUUCCUGUCGUUCGACUUCAACUGGUACAAGGUCGACCAGGCGGCUGCCGUCGGAGCCAAGAUCAAGCAGUACGCAAACCACUCUGCGCAGCUUAUCGUUGACAACAAGGUGUUUGUGUCUUCGUUUGCUGGGGAUGGCAUCGACGUCGCGCAGGUUAAGUCCAGCGCCGGAUUGGAUAUUUUCUGGGCGCCCAACUACCAUCCUGGCAUGGGUGACUUUGGCGAUGUCGAUGCUGCGCUCAAUUGGAUGGGCUGGGACAACGAUGGUAACAACAAGGCGCCCAAGCCCGGGGAUAAUGUGACUGUUGCCCAUGGUGAUGAGGCGUACCUUGACGCCUUGGGACACAAGCCCUACGUUGCGCCUGCGUCCGGCUGGUUCUUCACGCACUUUGGAGGCGAGGUCUCGUACAGCAAGAACUGGGUAUUCCCCGGUGAUCUCCUCUGGUACAACCGCUGGCGAGAAAUCCUCGAGCUCGGUCCUCGAUUCGUCGAAAUCGUCACCUGGAACGACUACGGCGAGUCGCACUAUAUCGGGCCACUCUCGUCACCACACACAGACGACGGCGCCUCGAAAUGGGUUAUGGAUAUGCCUCACACCGGCUGGCUCGAAAUGUCCCGCCCCUUCAUCGCCGCCUACAAAGCAGGCGAGACCUCACCGGACCAGCACAUCCAAGACGAGAAGCUAAUCUACUGGUACCGACCGACGCCAAAAGACGUCGAGUGCGACGACACCGACACAACCAUGGGCGGGACCCCCGACAACUCCACCGGAAACUUCUUCCGCGGCCGCCCUGACGGGUGGGAGAUCAUGCAGGACGAGGUGUUCGUUGUUGCGCUCCUGAAAUCCCCCGCCACGAUCAAGGUCACAUCCGGUGAGAAAGAGGGGAGUUUCGAGGCGCCUGCGGGGGCCAGCGCGUUCGCCGUUGAAAUGGGCGUUGGGAAACAGACUUUCUCGGCUGUUCGGGAUGGCAAGACGGUCCUCUCUGAUACGAGUCUGAAGGAUAUCGUGGACGAGUGUAUCUGCGGCAUCUACAACUUCAACGCGUAUGUUGGGGUUGUUCCGCCUGAUGAGACCGUCGACAAGUUGGAUACCGUUGGGCUGGCGUUGUUGACGCAGGGGCUGAAGGCGCCUUGUCCGACGAAUACCUUGGGACUGGGGGGUGGUUCCAAUGCGACGCAGACCAGGACUUCGCAGACUUCGCAGACGAAUGGGUCGAGGACCUUUGCGCCGACAACCAGUGCGAUGGAGAACCCAAGUUCGGAGACCAUGACCUUGGCGACCAGUGCUUCGGAGGCCAGUGCCACGCCUACUGCAUAG